CGUGUCUUUGACACAUCCUGCCAUGAGCGGAAGUGUCUGGGAUUCUGCUCAAUCCAUCUCUCCAAAACAGUCGUCUGUAAAGGCAGACUGGGGCGAACGGCGUCUGUUUCUCUUUCCCCACACCGUACGCAUUCGUCGGGCUCCAUUCAGUGUCGAAGUGCGCCAUUUAGUGUGGCUUUAACGGCGCAGGACAUGCUCUAACAGGUCUGCGCAGUCGACGUGAACGCCUGCCUGGACACAGGAGAGGAUUAAGUUACUGCUGCUGGCGGCGGAUUAUUUUAUUGGCCUCAUCCUCUCUAGCUCGACUAUUUGGUGAUCCUUUUUCCAAUUAAUAGAGGUCGCCCAAAAGCCAGAUAUGUCUUUCAGGCGAGGUGUGGUCAGGCAAAGCAAGUUCCGCCAUGUGUUCGCCCAGGCAUGGAAAGCCGAGCACUGCAUCGACGACGUCAGAGUGUCCCGGGUGACGUGGGACAGUCCGCUCUGCGCGGUCAACCCCAAAUUCAUUGCUGUUAUCAUCGAAGCAGGUGGAGGAGGGGCCUUUCUCGUUGUUCCCAUCAGCAAGAGUGGCAGAAUUGACCAGUCCUGUCCCACCGUCUGCGGUCACGCAGCACCAGUGCUGGACAUCCAGUGGUCUCCUCAUGAUGACAACAUCAUCGCAAGUGCCUCAGAAGACUGCACAGUCAAGGUGUGGCAGAUCCCCGAUGGGGGACUUACAAGUCCGAUGACGGAGGCCAUUGUGACUCUCGAGGGACACAGUAAGAGAGUGGGAAUCCUGGCUUGGCACCCAAGUGCCUUCAACAUCCUCCUAACUGCAGGUUGUGACAAUGUGAUGUGCGUGUGGAACGUGGGCACAGGGGAACUAGUGUACCAGCUGAGCGACGCCCACCCGGACCUCAUCUACAGCGUCAGCUGGAACAAGGACGGCAGCGCUGUCUGUACUGUCUGCAAGGACAAGGCCCUGCGUGUCAUUGACCCACGAAGAGGCACUGUUCUCAAGGUCAGAGAAAAGGUCCAUGAUGGUACCAGGCCUAUGAGAGCAGUGUUUCUCUCAGAUGGAAAAAUCCUGACCACAGGAUUCAGCCGUAUGAGUGAGAGACAGCUGGCCUUGUGGGAUACGAAAGAUCUCUCGGAGCCAAUGGCCAUACAGGAAAUGGAUACGAGUAAUGGAGUUCUUUUGCCCUUUUAUGACCCUGACACCAACAUGGUCUACCUGUGCGGAAAGGGGGAUUGCACCAUCCGAUACUUUGAAGUGACCGACGAAUCCCCGUACGCUCACUUCCUCAGCUUAUACAGCAGCAAAGAGCCACAGAGAGGCGCGGGGUUUCUUAGUAAAAGAGGCGUGGACGUCAACAAGUGUGAAAUUGCCAGGUUCUACAAGCUGCAUGAAAGGAAGGUGGAACCCAUUUCUAUGACUGUACCACGAAAGUCAGAUCUCUUCCAGGGAGACCUUUACCCGGACACGGCCGGCGUGGAGCCAGCUCUCCUGGCCGACGAGUGGAUCGCCGGGCAGGAUGCGCCGCCGCUGCUGGUGUCUCUGAGCAGCGGUUACACAGCUCCCCCAUCCAAACACAGAGACACCCACAGAAGCAAGCCCAAGCUCACCUCUCAGGACUCCGGCAGCGGGGGAGGCACACCUUCAGCGGGCAACGUAGCCGCUCCCGCGUCCACACCCGCCACUGCUGCCAAGGAGACGGAAGAAGAGGCGCCACAGCCGCGAGUAGCCACGAGGGAGACGGACGGGAACGCCGAGAGGCCGAAGAGAGAGGACGACGUGUUGAACGAGCUGCUGGCGGAAAUGAAGGCUUUGCGGGCCGUCGUCCUCGCUCAGAGCCAGAGGAUUGAGCUGCUGGAGAGGCAGCUCGCUCGCAUUGAAGACGGGGACGUGUGAGAGAGCAGGAGGCUCACCACAUGUGGACGGCAUUCCAACUAAAUCCAUAGACCAUAGCCUUACUAGAAUCAACAGUACCUUAAGCUGUGUGAGUGGAAGGAUUUAGUGUAAUGUAGCGGCUAACUGUGACUCACACGACUAGGUGAACUAUUGUGAUUUUUUUUAAUUUUUUUGGAUGGAUUUCCAGGUUGUGGUUUAGAAAUGGGUGUCGUGUGCACAGAGUGAAAUUUGACAGUAAGGAUUUUUUUACACGGCGGUGCUAGAGUGCAGCUUUGCAAAAUCCUUGCUUUAAUUUUGAAGGAUUUCCAAGGAGCUACUGUGACAUGAUUGCCGCAAAUUAAUGCACAAAACGGUAACAAAAAAGCAUUAUAUUAAAGCUAAUGAAGGUUGACAUACUAUAGCAAAGCGAGUACCUCCGAUUAUGAUUUAUUUUUUUCCUCUAAAGCACUCAGAAAUGUAACCAUUAUGGCUAUUUAAUCAGGUAGUUUAAGCUGCUAAACUGUCAUGUCAUAUCAAACUCUAAAUUGCUAACUCAUCGUGUGACUUGUGCUUCGUUCUACUACUUCAUUAUAGAACACAGUGUGUAAAGUUUUUACAUUAGAAAAAUCUUCUGGUACAUUAAUCAUGAUCUUGACAGCGAGAGUUGCGCGAAUGAUAGCGGAGGAGAGCGUAGUCGGAUAUUUAUGUGUAAUGUAAUUCUGUGUAGUCUUUGAAAAAUGAAAAAGGUAACACUUGUGAUUUUGUACCCCAUGUUGUCAGGCGAGAACAGUGGCUGUGUAGAGUUUUCCGUAACACCAUGAGGCAACAGUUUCGCCCACAUUGUCAUUUACAUAUGCAACUUUUACUUCCUUGUUUUUUUUGUUGUUUUUUUUUUUUUUACAUGUGUGGAAGGGCUGCAGUAUAGUGUCCCCCCCCCUCCCCCUCAAAGAACCAGGAUCUUUGAUAGCCAAUUUGCAGAGCAAGAAAAGUUAUGUAAGUAUCGCUUUGUGUUUGCAGCCACAAGAGGUACGAGUUACAAUGAAAUGUGAAACAGUUGGUGUUAGAUGGAGAGCGCACAUUAUUUGUGGGGUUUUUUUUUUUUGCAAUUACUGUACAUUUAGAGGCAUUACUUUUGUUACAGUAUUCGGUAACAAUGGUACAUUCCACGUCAAGUUUAUCCCUUUACUACUUUCUUUAUGCACUGACCUCUGAAAACUAACUGUAAAACCAGUAGCAGGUUGAAUGAGACUACAUUGUGUAAAACCAUUAAACACUAAUUCCUACUUUGUA